AUCUACCCGCCCAGAGCCUCUGCCGACGAUGGACAAGCACAGCACUCUCCCAGCUCAAGACCCGCCAAAGCCGUGGCUCAAGCUCGUCAUCACCCUCUUCGUCCUCGCGCUCCUCGGCUACGGCGCGAAGCUCGCGCUCGCAGCCAUCAACGACUCGAUCAACUCGGCAAAGGCGGCCAUGGAGAAGAAGGGCGUCGCCGUCUCCUCGUCCGGUGCAUCCGUCAAGACCAACAAGCGCGCGCUGACGCAAGAAGAGACCGAGGACCGCAUCCAGCGGGGCAUCAUGCAAGGCUGGAAGGCGUCGUCGUUCAACGUGCCCUGGGCGCUCGGCAAGGUGUCCAACUUGGCGGGCUCGACGCACGACAAGAACCGCGACGAGCACGAGAAGAAGUAUGGGCCGAAAAAGAGCAAGGCCCGCACCGACUGAGCCCGCAUCUCCCGACCUUUCCCUCGACUUUUCCGCCGUACUUUUACCGACACGCCCCGGCGGCUGUCUAGCUCCUGCCCGACCUCUACGUACUCGUACCUUCUCUCUCUCUCUUGCGCAAUGCGAGUCUUUCUCCGAG